CUGUUCAUAUCACAGCAAACCAAAAACAAACCAAAAUGGUCUUCAAGCUUAUGGUUUUCUCUUGCCUCGUGGCUGUGGCUUAUGGUAGUGUGGCGCCUGCAGCAAUUGCGGCAGCUCCUGUUGCCUACACCGCUCCUGCCGUUGCAGCAAGACUAGAGGAAUUCGAUCCCUUACCGCAAUAUAGAUUUGGAUAUGAUGUAGCAGACUCUCUUACUGGAGAUUACAAGAGCCAACAAGAACAACGUAACGGUGACCUUGUCCAAGGACAAUAUUCACUGGUCGAACCUGAUGGUACUCGUCGCAUUGUUGAUUACUCUGCCGACUCUGUUAAUGGAUUUAAUGCAGUGGUGCGCAAGGAACCACUUGUAGCACCUGCUGUGGUUGCCGAACCAGCUGUUGUUCCGGCACGUAUUGCUGCUGCACCUGUAGUUGCUCAACCUGCUCCUGCAGUGGUCGCUGCUCGUUACGCCUAUGCCGCUGCUGCACCCGUUGCUGCCCGAUAUGCUGUAGCUCCCAUAUCUGCACCGGUCGCUGCUCCUUUAAGAGCUGCACCUGUAUUUGCAAGAUAUGCUGCUGCUCCUGUGGCAGCAACUCAAUACUACGCUGCCCCUACUGCUCCUUUCGUGAACGCCCGAUAUGCUAACGCUCCUUUCGUGGCCCGCUAUGCUGCAUACAGUGCUCCUGUAGCGGCUGCGUAUACUGCAUUACCCGCUGCUUACACUGCAGCAUCCUAUACAGCUACUGGUCCAUUCGCUGCUUACACAGCGGCUGCUCCAGUUGCCGCUGCCUACACAGCGGCCGCUCCAGCCAGAUUUGCAGUACCAACUGCAUAUGCCACGCCUGUAGCGGCGGCUCCUGCCCGUCUUGCCACUGCCCCUGUUGCUGCAGUAGCUCCCGCAGCACCAGCGAAAAUUGUCGAAGCGACUGCUGCUGGUUAUCGUUAUCCUUGAAAGAAAAUCAAAGUUUGAUGGCUUAUUUUACAAAGACUUGAUAUGUACAUAGAUGAAUAAAGUU